GUUUUUGAGUUUAUUUAUUAAAAACAUCCAAAUAUCUUUUAUAAUAUUAGUAUAUGUACCUGGGUUUGGAAAAAUUAGCCAUUGAGAACAUUUUCUGGAGUACGCCACGUAGAGGUUUUUUCCAUGAACCCGGUAUUAGAAUAGAUAAAUUAAAAUUAAUUAUAAUAUUGAUCUCAAUAAUAGUAUCAAAUUAUUAUUGUAAUAUUUAUUAUAUAAUAAAAACUUUAUACCUAUUCAUAAUUACAAAAUGUUGAUUUCAUACAAUUUAGAAAACAAUCUGAGAAGUUUAAAAUGUUAAAGUACCUACACAUUUUGAUUUUUAGAUUUUAACCUAUAAUAGGUACAUUAAAAUUUUUAUAAAUUUCUUAUUAUUAUAAUUUAUAAAUCUUAAAACAGGAUAAGACAAGUACGUUUACAAAUAUACAACCAACUACUUUAUAUAAAAAAAAGUAAUAAUUUUGUCUUCUUUGAAUGAAUUAAACACUGGACUUAUUUAGUUAUAGGUACAUUAUGUAUUAUGUUCUUUAAUUCUCUUCUUUCUAUCAAUCAUCUUUUGGUACAGAUGAACCAUUAAAUCAGUGGUUUCUAAUGCUGUAUAAGACUCGGUAUAUUCUUUUAACGUUUCUUGUACUAAAUUGUUCUCUUCUUUAAAAAUAUUAUUAUCCUUAGCAACUGUAUAGUUAUGAAUUGUAUUCUUCGUAAAAAUCCAUAGUUUCUUAUCACACGCACCUAUAUUUAUAACUUUGCUCUGAAAUAUUUCUUGUUGAGUUUUCACAAAAUUGUAAUUAUCAUUAUUUUUUUCAAGUUUAACAAAAUACAGUUCAUUGGAAUCGUGAAAUUGCACAGCGGCAGUGCAAUGUUGUACGCUGACUUCAACCACAUUUCGAAUCGGGCGGUCGAGAAUUAGUUUAUCAACGAGAUCGCCACUGUCUAAGUCCCACAGACGUAGUGUACAAUCACCAGAACCGGACACAAGGAAAUUAUUCAACAGGCAAAUGUUACUCACGUACGCUUCGUGCCCCAUCAUAUAAUGUAGAAUGAUUUUGCCAUUUGGAUAAUGCGAAACUCGUAUCUUUUCAUCGCUGUCGCUGGUAACGAUAUAUUUCUCGUCUCUGCUAAAACAUAUACCGAGUAUCAUUGAAGAAUGCCCGAGGAUUCGGACCGGGUCAUUUUCGAACGAGUAAACGUCACCUUUUUUGUCGCCGGCAAUAGCUACAUUGGUUUUGGGCGUGAAAACUAUAUUGGUCGCGUCUUUUGGCAGCAACUUGUUAUCAACCAUUGUCCAGUUAUUGGCGUUCCAUAUGCUCAGAAGUUUUCCUUUGUUCGUGUUGAACGCAAACAAAUUACCGUCAGACGAAAAAGCAGCGCAGGCUUUUUGUAAAAUGCGUGGGGUGGUCUUAAAAUUGUAGUAUAUUUCGCCAAAAAGUUCUACUAGCUCUGUAAUGGUUCCUGAGUCAAACGAGUACACGAAACAACAAUCGGCAUCAAUAUUUGAUAUUGCUAGACUAGAUGAGUUAACAGCCACACAAUACGACAUUUUAAAAUUAGGCAGGUAAAAAAAAUAUGAUUCAAAAUUCAAUCUCUUUAGUUGCUGGAGAAUAUAAAAUUACGUUAAAAUUGUUAAAUUAUUUUUUAAAAUUAUCAGACAAUCAUAUAUUUUGCAUAAAAAUAACACAGUCAUAAACUCAAAACCCGGAGAUUUUUAGUUAUGAGUUUUCAGACGAUUGAUAAGGGACCAGUCACAAUAUUUUAACGUUGCCAAUCUAUACAUUUUUUUUUUUUUUGAUUGUACGGUUUAUUGCUGUCCAAAUUGCUAUCAUUUCAGAAAAAUACUAAAACCAUUUGCUGUUCCAUCGCUGUGAGAAUAUUCUUCUUAUUAUCAAUCGUCUGGUUAUUUUUAAUAUUUUUUAUUUGUGUAAAGUAAUGAACAAAAUUAUUUAAUUAGUUAUAGAACUAUCGAUUAUUUUGAAUCAAGCCUACAAAUUUAUUGAUAAGACCCCUUGUAAAAUUAUGAAAAUGUUUCUUUUCCUGUGAUGAACUCUCAUGGCCCGACACUGGUAGAUACCACGGUUAACAGAUAAGAAGUACACGUGCGUAGAUAUUAUGAUAAUACGGUUAUAAUCAAAAAAUCUUUUAGUGUAUGGUUACUUAAUUUAAUUUGAUAUUUUCAAAAGUAAAAUAUUAUUAUAAAAUUAAUUUUUAAUAUUAAAUUUGGUAGGAAUAUUAUUUGGUAUAUUGGUUAUGACGUCAGAAACGCCGAAACACAAAGGAUUGAAUACAAGUAUUGGGAAAUCGUCGCCCGCACAUGGUAUAUUUAUAUAUUAUGACAUUUUGUUUAUUUUACUAUGAAUAUAUUACCUCAGUUGAAAAUUUAUUUUAGAAGUUGAUAUUUACGUUGGUCGACCAGCUCAAGGACAUAGUGGAAAUUUGACAGGGAACCGUCGUAUAUUAAAAGAUGCAGCAGCAGAGAUAUUCAAUUGUAUUCAGACAUGGAAAGCCCAUCAAGACAGAGGGUGUAUUCUGAUAUCAAAUAUAUUUAAUUUACGAGUGCAAUCGUACGUAUUCUGGUAUUUAGUUAAUUAAAUGGAGUUGUAUUAAUACAAAGUUCAAUUUUGUAACUAUAGAACAUAUAUAUUUCUGUACAUUUAACUGUGUAGUAUAACAAUAGCUAACUGUUAGUCCUAAAUUAUUUAAUUUAGAUAUUUCAUUUUAAAUCUAAUGAAUAAAAGGGUAGGUUAAGAAAAUUGGGUUUGCAAAUAUAUGGAUUAUUAAUAUUGAUUGCUACAGGGGUAAUUUGUAUUUACUAUUUAUUAUUCUUGUCAAUUUCAAAUUAUAGAUACUUCUUUGAAAAAUACUGCUGGAUUUUAUGAACAAUAUUUAUUUAUUUGUAUAAAAUUCUAUAGGCCGGACAUUAAGUUUCCAGACCAACUUGCUGGUUUAGUAAGCGAGUUAAAAAAGUUAUGUGAACAAAUGGUAAAUAAUCAAUGAGAAAAAAAACAGGAAUUUGUAUUAACUUUAUUUAUUUUAAUACAUUAUAGUCAAAUAUUAUCGAAGGACUUGGAAUUAAAUUGAUAAAUCUCAAUGCUGUAUCAGCUUUAGAAAAGGGCAGCAUUACUCCACUUUUUAUAUCAUGGUCUACAGAACACUUUUGUAUGAUUAAGUUAACAACUUUUUAAUUAUUAUUAAAUUAAAUGCAUUCCCUUUGUACAAUACAUAUAUAUAUUUUAUACAGGUAAAAUUACUGAACAAUUAUUAAGAGCAUAUAAAAAGGAACAAAAACUUCACCAAAAUCUUUUACUGAAAAUAGCAGACAGCACGGAUACUGACAGUUUGUUGUUUUAUCUUUCGUGCUGGACAUACCAGCCAUAUUUGGAUCAAAGUAUAGAAAAAAAAUUACAUAAUAUGAUUAAAGAGACUAGACACGUUUGAAUUAAUUUAAUAAUAAAUUGUUUUCAAAAAUAGUAAUUAAAAUUUUAAAUGUAAAAUGUAAAUAAAUAAAUAAUCUAUAAUCUAAAUUAAGAUUAAAUAGCGUUGAUUUAUAAGUCAAGAAUAAUAGGAGUACUUUCCUUAGCACAUUUUCCUACAGACUGAAUAAACUUAACAAAGCCAGUAUCCUUUGGCUUCUCCAGUCCUCUUAAUAAACGGUUUUUCAUAACAGCAACAAAUUCACGAUUGCUCAACUGUCCAUCAACUUAAAAUUAAGAUUGAAAGUUAUUAGGCAACAAAAUAAAUAUUAUUAUUAAUUUAUUUUAAGAGUACGAUUGUAUAACAAAUAUUAACUUACGGUUUUCAUCAAAAAUUGUGAAAAUAACAUUUAUCAUGUGAUCAUUUAGGUCAACAUGGGCCACUGUCUUUGCAACAUGCUUUAAAGUGGCUAUAGAGAGAAAAAACCAUAAAAAUAAAUUAUUUUUAUAUUACUAUACAAUCAGAAACAAAGAAACCUUGAUCAAUUGAUGCACCAGCAAUAUGAUAAAAUGUCAGUGCUGUGUCUACAUCGUUAAUGUUAUUCAAAAAGUGGAAAAAAUGCAUGUAAUCAUCUUCGCUAAUGCCUUGUGUGUUUUCUUUGAAACUGUAAUUAA